AGAAAAAAAAUAAAAAUAAUAAUCAUGAUUCAUGGCGAGUUGAAUGGUGGAGUUUGAGGCUGUGUAGCAGCAAACCAGAAAAAGCAAGUUCGAUGGCUUCCACAUACCCAAGUUGCCAUUUCUGCUGCUCUUCUUCUUCUUCAUCAUCGCCAAUAUUAACCAACUCAUCCUUCACCACUCGCUUAACUUCCUUAUCCUUUUCUCGCUCCAACUCUAUCCUCACCACCACUUUCAACGCAAAUUCAUCACUCACCAGAAUUCAUGCCAAGUUCGAGAAAUUCCAAGGCGCCCCUCCACAAGACGGUCUUGAAGAAACCACCACGCCUUCUUCUUUCCAAGCGGUUCAAGAAGGUGAGGAAGAGGAAGAAGAUGACAGCUGCUUGCCUUCUGACUUGGAGGGGGCAGUCCGGCAAUCGGGCGAAGCAAGUUCAUUGUUUGUGUCUUCAGGAGGAAUGAGAGCCAUAGUUGAGCUCCUAAUCCCCCAGCUGCAGUUUCUAGAUGAUGAAGGUGCACAAGCUGAGCUCUGGGAGCUUUCAAGAAUUUUUUUGGAUACACUUAUUGAGAAAACUGGAUGUCAGAAAGUUAAAGCCAUAUUUCCGGAUGCUGGUGCCUCAGCGCUUCUAAAGUAUAAGUGGAAAGAUGCUGCUUUUGGGUUCUCCAGCUUAAGUGACCGGAAGCCCGUUGAGAGUGAAGACGAAAUUAUGGUUAUGGUUGUUCCUGAUUAUCAAAUGCUAGGAUAUGUAGAGAAAAUUGCAUCUCAACUCUCUGAUGAUCCGCCAAGGCCUCUGAUCAUGUGGAAUCCUCGCCUCAUCAGUGAAGAUGUUGGAGUUGGCUUUAAUGUUCGGAAGUUAAGACGCUACUUUCUUAGCACAUUUACAACAGUCUACUCAAUGAGGCCUCUGCCAUCUGGUGCUGUGUUCAGAUGCUAUCCAGGAUUAUGGAAGGUAUUCUAUGAUGAUAAGGAUAGACCAAACAGAUAUCUUCUUGCCCAAGAACUUGUUAGACGUCCUGACGCCGAAGAACUUGAGCUUAUAUUUGGCAAUGUAGAAGAAAAUUCAGAGGGCCCAUCUUUCUUUGACAAAGCAGCAGGCAUCUUCUCUUCACUAAAUCGAUUCAUGAGGGCCAUUUCAAAAUAAGCCUCCUUUAUGAAAUUCAACCUUUAAGCUUAUCUCAGCUUCCCCCUGUUAAUUUAUAGGAUGUAUCCAACAUCAUAUUACAUAAUGUGAAAGAUAUUUCUUGCACAAUCCAAGUCAUGUUUGCUUCUACUUCUACCCUCUUUUCAUUAAACUAAGAAGUACAAACUAUCUUACCAUA